AUGGCCAGGGGCAAUGCCACUGUCCCUGCUAUGGAGAUGACCAAGUGGUUCGACACCAACUACCAUUUUAUUGUCCCUAAAUUGGGCCCUAACACCAAGUUCUCCUACACUUCUCACAAGGCUGCUAACGAAUACAAGGUGGCUAAGGCGACUAACUCUUAA